AUGCAUACAGCUUUGGUUGAUGGUUGGGCUGGUUCUAUGGCCCUGUAUGAAUUAGCAGUUUUUGAUCCUUCUGACCCUGUUCUUGAUCCAAUGUGGAGACAGGGAAAACCUUCUUUGGAUUUUCCUAAGAUCUUUAGAAUACAUUUUUUUCCUCGCAUAUGGGUGUCCGAUCCUUAUGGACUAACAGGAAAAGUACAAGCUGUAAAUCCAUCGUGGGGUGUGGAGGGUUUUGAUCCUUUUGUUCCGGGAGGAAUCACCUCUCAUCAUAUUGCGGUAGGGACUUUGAGCAUAUUAGAAGGCCUAUUCCAUCUUAGUGUCCGCCCGCCCCAACGUUUAUACAAAGGAUUGCGUAUGGGCAAUACUGAAACUGUUCUUUCCAGUAGUAUCGAUGUUGUCUUUUUUGCAUCUUUUGUUGUUGCCGGAACUAUGUGGUAUGGUUCAGCGACUACCCCCAUCGAAUUAUUCGGGCCUACUCUUUAUCAAUGA